UCAACCAUAAUUAGCUUAAGGUAUUAAUAUAAAAAGUAGGUAGCUGCAUCUAAUGAUUUUUGUGUGUGUGUGUGUGUAAUCUGAACCAUCUGCCUCUAGAUAUUAAGGAGUUCACUCUUUAAUCCAGAUUAUGGCUGACAAACUGGUUUUGGCAUUCACGUUUCACUAGCACUGUGCCCCUGAGGAGCUGCUGUGGCUGUAGAAACUCUCCUGCUUGCGACUGUUGAUUUUGGAAAUUACUCUUUUGUUCGUUGGUUGGUUUUGGCUUUCCCGUGGUGGUUUGCUUGUAGCUCCUUUCUUCUUAAGGAUGGCCUUCCUAAUGAAAAGCAUGCUGAGCAACCAGGUGAAGAAUUUGGGGCUUGGAGGUGGAGGAGAAGAAAGCAAAGAAGAAAGCACUCCUUCCGACCCAGCAGCUGCUGCAGGAAUGACCAGAGAGGAGUAUGAGGAGUACCAAAAGCAAAUGGUUGAGGAGAAGAUGGAAAGAGAUGCGGCGUUUGCACAAAAGAAGGCAGAAAGAGCCUGUCUGAGGGUUCACCUGAGAGAGAAGUACCGACUCCCCAAGAGCGAACUGGAUGAGAACCAAAUACAGAUGGCUGGAGAUGACGUGGGUUUGCCAGAAGACCUCCAGAAAAUGGUGGCAGAGGAUCAGAUAGAGGAAGAGGACAAGGACUCUAUCCUGGGACAGUUGCAGAACAUUCAGAAUAUGGACAUGGACACGAUCAAGGAAAAGGCACAGGCCACCUUCACCGAAAUCAAACAGGCUGCUGAGCAGAAAUGUUCUGUGAUGUAGGGGAG